GUAGUCUCAACUCUCAACUAUUAGACAAUGUCUAUCAAUAGUCAGUAUAGGCUGUACAAACAUACAUAAGGUUUGCUCGCAUAAAGACAAACUAUUUUACGAAUAAUUAAUCUCGAUAGUCAUUUUAAAGUUGAGACCUGUUUUGAUUUUUUUUGUGUUUUCAAUGACUACUGAUAUUAAAUGUGAUAAGAAACAAUGGACAAACGCUGAAACGAUAAAAUUGAUAGAAUUAUAUAAGGAAAAUUCAAUUUUAUGGAAACAUAAAAGAAAUGAUCACGGAUAUCGUGAAAGUAGGGACAUUAUAUUAAAAGAGUUUUCAGAAAAAUUUAAUUGUAGUGCUGAUGAAAUACGACGAAAAUUACAUAAUCUACGGAACCAGGUUUCACAAGAAUUGAGAAAAUGUAAUUCCAAAAGAAGUAAUACAACCGAUGGAGUUUUUGUAAGUAGGUGGCCAUAUUUCAAUGCCUUAAAAUUCUUGAUACCAAUAUUAAGUGUGAAGAAAACAGAAGAUGAAUUGAGAAUAAAAGAACCUUUAGAUUCAACAAAUCUGGUACAAAUCCAGGAAACGUCAAAGGAAAACUCAAAUAAACAAGAUUAUAAGUAUAACAAUAAAACUGCUGAAGAAAAAAAUAAGAGUUAUGCUGAGGAUAAUGACAAACUUCUGUUUAAAGAAGCAAUGAAAGUUCUUACAAAACAAACAGAUGAACAUGACAAGUUUGGUCAAUAUGUUGCAAUGGAGUUGAGAAGUUUGCGAUCGGACUUAAACAGAAACAGACUGAAAACUGAAAUUAGAAAAGCGAUAGUUCGCAUUGUGGAAGAUGAUGACAAGAUAUGUAAUGAAUCAUCUCCAAGACCAUUUUUAUUGACCCCUACCCCGUCUAAUGCCAGUGUCCCUGCCUCUUCAACGUCUCAACAUGCAUUGAUAAAAUUUGAAACGAAUGGCAUUACAUGCGAAAGCUUUAGUAAUAAUUUUAAUUUAAUAGAUAUGUAGCUUGUCCCCGUGUAUGUAGGGUUGACCCCGUGGUUCAAAUUCACGUUGUGGUAAAAUAUGAUUGGUGAUUGGAAUACCGUGCCUUUUAGUUCCUAAUUAAUUAAACGUUUAACAAAACUUCUCCUAUCUGACUACAAUAUACCUUAUUCAAACUACGAGCAUAAACAUCAACAAUAAUUAGUAACGACCUAGCCCAAGCAUGUCGCAAUCGUCUCUACUAGCGUUACCAGGUGUCCCGAUUUGCGCGGGACGUCCCGAUUGUCAGGGAUGCGUACCGAUUUGUACCUGUUCGGGACACUAAAUGUCCCGAUUUUCACCCACGAAAACCAAUUUCAGGAGGACCUGCAGUGAAUUUUAUAACUAUAUGUUAUAAAAGCAAGGCACUCCAAAAAGCGGCAAAAUCGAUUAAAAAAUAUAAUUUUAAUAAAAAAUAAAUAAUUUACUUAAUCUACGAUUUUUUUUGUAAUUUCUUCUGAUUAUUAUUACUAUGUAUGAUUAAAUACAGAUUAUAGAAACACCUUGUAGUCCAGUAAAUGAACUGGAAAUACGGCGAUACCGUGUAAUUUUCAGGAUCAAUUCCGAAUUGCAUAAAAAUUUGGACGGCUUGUGCCGUUGGUUGCUUUUUCUCGGGAGGUGACAGUCAUCCCCACUUGGGGGUGAAAAACCGCGCGUUUAAAAUAAGUCCGGAGAUGGAUAAAUUGACUAAUUUUAAGCAAUUUUAGUUCUAUAGAAUUUUAACUUAGUUAAUAUUUUCGAGUUAUUUACGAUUGAAAAUGUUUAUUUUUCGACAAAAAAAUCACGUUUUCAGGCGAUUUUCACAAAUAACUCAAAAAGUAAGUAUUUGAUUGAACAAAAUAUUCUUAGCAAAAAUGUAGCAUAAUAUAAAAAAAACGAAAAAAAUUGUGAACUCGUAAAGUCUAUAGGCCCAGCAAAUGCAAAGUUGUAGCUCAUGAAAAAUAUGUUCUUAUUCGUCAAAUUCCAAAUCAAAUAUUUCAACGUGAGAUAACCAAGAAAUGAAGCACAUUUCGGGAAAAACCAAUUAAAACUUUUUUACUUAUUAAAGCUUUAUUUUUAUGUUUUAAAAAAGUUUCUAGCAUUAAAACUAAGAGGGUUAUGCUCAAAAUCAAGUUGACUCCUUUUUUUUUGGUAAAAGAUCAUGAAAAUCUCCCCCUACUUAGCACCCCAAAUGAAAUUAAUCGUUGCUGCUUUACAAAUAAUUUACUUUACUUAUGUAUUUUUUAUAUGAUUGAAAGGGCCUGAAUGAGUCACUAAUCACGCGUGUAUGCAAAAUAUGAACAGCCAUAUUUGAACCAAUUUUUGUCUAACAGAAAAACAAAAUGAAUCUAUCAUAUUUAUAAAAGCAAAACCUACCUACUUUUUACUCCUUGAGAUUUUUAGUAUCCCUAAUACUUUUUAAGUUAUUUUGAAAAAAAAGGCAUUAUCCAAUAUUUUAGGAAUUUUUUUUUUUACUAUAAAACCAAUUUUUUUCAAAACUAAGCACUAGUUAACCGGUAAACCUUACAGAUCGUAUAAACAAUACACAUAUAAAGUAAAUGGUAAAGCGGAAACGAUUAAUUUUAUUUACGGUGCUAAAUAGGGGGAGAUUUUCACGAUUUUUGUUACCAAAAAAAAGGAGCCAACUUUAUUUUGAGCGUAACUCGCUUAGUUUUAAUGCUAGAGACUUUUAUGUAAAACAAAAUUAAAGAGUUUUUUAAACACUUGAUCCAUUUUGGGACUUACUUUAAACGUGCGUCUUUUUCCCCCGAGAAGGGGUAACUGUAACUGUCACCCCCCAAGUAAAAGCAACCAACGGUACAAGUUCCACUCUGAAGUGGAGGGUAAGUAGAACCUAAAUCCAAAUUUUCAUGCAAUUCGGAGUUGACUCUGAAAAUUACACUCCAAAACGGUAAUUUGCUGGGCUAUUGUUGUUUAUUUGUCCGGAUCUACAACCCUAAAUCCCGAUUUGUGUUUGCUUAUGUACCGAUUAAAAACAAAUCGGACCUGGCAACACUAGUCUCUACAUCAAGAGGCUACAGUAGCGAUCAACAGGUAGCAACAAACGCGUUCCAAGAUUGCGGCUCUAAUUUUGAAUAUUUUGUCGAGAUAUUUGGCACACAUAUUCGUAAUAUAAUAAAGAAUGGCGGUACAGAGCCCAAUUUCAGAAAUAUGUUAGUACGUGGAAAUUACUCUAUAACUAAAUAAAAUAUUGAAAAAAGGAG